GAGGCUUCAGCUGAUAUGCAUUACGUGGAUUUGUCCAGAAAUCCGGAACGAUACACGGGUUACAAAGGCAACAGUGCACAGAAAAUAUGGCAAUGUAUUUAUCAGGAGAAUUGUUUUAAGCCAGAUAUGAAAUUCGACAAAAAUUUCCUCAUUAAUCCCAAUCCGUUUGGUAUGUGCCUGGAAAAACGUGUUUUCUAUCGUCUUAUAUCGGGGCUGCAUUCAGCAAUUACAAUAGCCAUAGCAGCUAAUAGCUUCAAACCAGCGCCCGCAGGAUUUGGAGAUGGAACAUGGUUCAGAAAUGUCGAAAUGUUUCGAAAUCGUUUUGGAACAAAAUGGACAUUGGAAGGACCACAGCGAUUGAAAAAUGUCUAUUUCGUAUAUCUUCUCGAAAUGCGAGCGCUCAUAAAAGCAGCACCGUACUUUCGAAAAGAGCUCUUCUACACCGGCAAUGCUGAGGAUGAUGCAGAAACACGAAAACGAGUAGAAGAAUUGAUGAACACUUUGAAAGGUUUUCGAAAUCCUUUCGAUGAAACCGAAAUGUUCACUGGUGUUGAAGCUGCAGCUCGGGAACUGCGUGAGGAAUUUCGCCAACAUUUCUUCAACAUAUCCCGAAUCAUGGAUUGUGUGGGCUGUGAUAAGUGCCGUUUAUGGGGCAAACUGCAAACGCAUGGAAUGGGCACUGCACUGAAAAUUCUCUUUUCGGAUCUACCUUCAUCGCAUUACAGAACUCAGGAUGGCACAGUAUAUCCACCGUUCCAGUUAACAAGGAACGAAGUGGUUUCGUUAUUUCAAAGCUUCGGUAGAUAUGCAUCAAGUAUCAGGGAAACUGAGGAAUUUCGUCGUGUAAUGACUUCGGUGCAAUCGAAGCAGGAGCUUUGA